AUGAGCGACCCCAAACAACAAGCGACAUCUGAACCACAGCCGGGAACGGAAGCCACGAGUGUUUCUUCCAGACAACAAACACAUGUAAAACCACCACCUACUUUAGCAUGGAUUCAAAGUCGCGUACACGACAUAUACUCUGCUGCGAAACAUCUUCCGCCAGAUAGCAAGUCUGUGACUAUCUCUAAGAGCGCCUACACCGAACUUUACACUGCAAUUUUUGACUAUCUCGUUUUUGAUAAACAGAGCUCAGCACACCUGAAAGGCGAAGACCUCUACCGCGGCUUAGAGCGAGAGAUACGAAUCUAUUGCUCAGAUAUCCGCCACGUAUUUUCUUCGAAGGAGACUCAAGAAAAUGAUAAGGAUGAAAAUGCUGCCGAGAGGUUGUUGACGGCGUAUGUGGUUCAGUAUGAGAGAUUUUUGAGCCUGACCAACCUCGUCAGGAACAUUCUUGGGUUCGUGAAAAGACAUUGGAUCAAGAGAGAGCUUGACGAGAAGAGGAAAGAUGUUUACACUAUUGAAGAUCUGCAUAGGAAGCUUUGGAAAGAGGAGACUCUUCAGAUCCAAAAAGAUGAGCCAUUAUCGCAGGAGCUGCAGGCUCUCACAGCUGCUGCGACGGUACUUCGUGGGAAAGCUGGAGGGAAGACUGCGGAAGAGAAGGAUCAAGUCGAAGGUGUCGUCAAGUCUCUUUCGUCCCUCGGCCUUAGUAUUGAUGGUCAUCUUGAAGCGACAUAA